AUGAUUCGAAGUUUAGUUAAAUCGAUUCAGUAUAUUAAAAUUCCCACAGUCGAAUUUUUGUUUGCGACAAGGAAAUAAGAUAUCGAUAUUAUUCCAUUAGGUUUCCAAUUUAUUGCAUUGAAACUUCGAAGAAAACAAAAAUACUUUCUAUGGCUCAACCAACAUAUUUGUCCAUUCCUGGAACCGAAAUUCGAUAUCGUCUUGUUUCCGUCUUACAUUGAUUUAAGAGUUCUUAUGACAUCAGUGGAAGAUCAAGAAGAAAUUGGUUCUUGUGUUGCAAAUGCAUUUGCAGCUGCUUAUGAAUAUUUAAUAAAAAGAACAGCUAAUCGACAUGUUGAUGUCAGUCGUCUAUUUAUUUAUUAUAAUAGUCGAUGCAUAGAUGGACUCGAUUCAGACAAUAUGAAAGACAAUGGUACUCAUAUUACUAGUGCUAUUGAAGCAUUGAAGAAAUGGGGUUGUUGUAAAGAAGACACUUAUCCAUACAAUGAAAAAAAUAAAAAUACAAAACCUUCUCAACAUUGUUAUGACGAAGGGAAAAAUUAUCGUAUAAAAAAAUUUAUGCAAAUCAAAGUUGAUUUAAAUGAAAUGAAAGCAUGUUUAGCUGAAAGUUAUCCAUUUGUGUUUGGACUUCAAUUAUUUGAAUCUUUUAUGGAGGCUGAAAAGCAAAAUGGUCGAGUACCAAUGCCAACACUUUUUCCUCGAAACAAAGAUAAGGUGAUUGGACAUCAUGCAAUGUUGGCAGUUGGAUACAAUGACGAUCAAAAAUGUUUCAUUGUAAAAAAUUCGUGGGGUGAACGUUUUGGCGAUAAAGGUUAUGUUUACAUUCCGUAUGAUUACUUGUCCAAUCCAGAUUAUUGUCGAGAAUUACAUGCGAUUCAUGUCGUUUCUUGUAUAAAUGAUUUUGACGAUCAUUCAUCAGAUUUUCCAUUGAAUACUUCAAACAAUUUAUCGGAAAAUAGAAAUAAUCGCAGAGUUUUACCAAAAGGCUCAGCCAACUCAUCGAAUGUUCCUCUUGAAGAAAGAACAGAAAUGAAUGCAAAUACACCUUUCAUUUCAUCGUCAGAAACGAAAACAUCGAAAUCGAAGAAAUGUUCAUCUUCAAUUUACAAAUGGAUUCAUCUCAUUUUCUUUGUAGUGAAUUUAUUAUUCAUCGUGGGAGAACUUGCCUAUGGUAUAUUCAAAUAUAUUCGAUAUAUCCGACGUGAUGAGUAUUAUAUCUAUCCGAAAGAAAAUUCCAUUUAUUCUCAUAUAAUUAAAAUUGGUUAUCAAAUUGAAAAUUGUUCUGAUUUUCAAACAGGAUUCAAAUCAUAUUUUAUGAAUUCAACUGCUUAUGAUGUUUAUCAAUAUUAUGUUACUUCAUCAACAGAGAAUAAACUGAUACACACUGGUUUUUGGAUAUGUUCUCUCAUCGGAUUCUUUUUCUCAAUAUAUCAUUCGUAUACAAAUUGGACAAAAGCUAAAGUUGAUAAAAGUGAAAAAGAAAAUAGAAAAAAUGAGCAAAAGGAAGAAGCAAAAUGUUGUGUUUAUCCUGGAAAAAUUUUGAAAAUAAUAAGAAAUUGGAUUUAUCAAAUGAGUAUUCCAAUCUCAUGUUUAACAAUUUCAUUAUUCGAUUAUAAAACAAUAUGUUUACAAAAUCUUUUUAGUUUUGAAAGUGCUAUUACAGAUUAUUUACUAAUGUUAACAUUAUUCUUAGUUAUUUGUGUUAUUUCACUUAGUCUUUAUGAUAUUUCUGCAAAACGAAAAAGAUUUUCUUGGUAUCAAGUCCUAUCAACAAUAUACAUUGGUAUUUUCGUUAUCCUAGCUGCUUUGCUUUUGCUCGGAUUUUUUGUUCUCUCAUGGUUCUGUCGUUUUGUAUUGAUAACCUCGAUAUUGAUGAUCAGCGCAACAGUUUUGGCCAUAAUUGGUGCUGUUUUGGAUGCGUUAAUAUAUAGAAGAAUCGAUUAA